AUGGUCUCCCGUACAGGACUUCUGGUACAGUCACUGCUGCUGCUCCUGGCAGGUGCUGCUCACGCCCAGGAAGACUUUGCAGCGCGCAAUCUGCGGACGAUUCAGUCAAUCUACAACCUUACGGUCUACCCGAACAAUGCACCCAUCAUAGCACAGGGUGGUUCAGCGGUGCCCCCAGGGCUCUUUGACCCGAAUGCUACGGGCAGGAUCACGCCGCUGGGCAACUUCACCGGUUUCGAGGACAGCAUCGAAUAUUUCUUCGGACUUGCUCCCAUGCCGCAGACGAACGCUGCAGGCCUCGGGUUAUACGAAGCGGACGUCGUCGCCUUUGCCAGCGGUUGCCCCGAAGUCGCUGCAAGCGUCGUUUACCUCAAAGGAGGUCCUGUAAACAACGUGACCGGCGGUCUGAUUCCAGGGUCGCCAACAACCACGUUGAAGCAAAUCGCCUUUUGGAAAUUCGACGCCCAGGGGCUCGUUCAGCAGUACGACGCCUGGAUUCCGAACCUGCAGCUCUGGACGCGCGUCGCCAACGGCAUCGAUUUCGAGAACAGGACGAUUCAGCAGGGCACCGUCGUCCAAUCGCUCUGCCCGACUAUCCAGAAGCAGUGCACGGGCAAAGACCAGGUCUACCAGAACGUCGACGACUGCACCGCUCAGCUACUGGCGAAGCCUUUCGGCACCUUUGACGAAGUAUGGGCUGACAACGUCGUCUGCCGCAUCAUCCACGUACUCCUCACGGCAAUCAGACCGGAUGUUCACUGCGCUCACGUCGGCCCUACCGGUGGUGCCAAGUGUGUAAACAGUGACUACAGGUUGGACUACUUCGACGACGACCACCUUUUCGGUCUCCCUGAGCCGUUCAUGUGUCCCCAGCUUGGAGGAAAGACUCAGAGUAGCAUUGGCGUGAGCUACUGA